CCCAUGACGGCGCGUGCGCGCCGGGCCCGCGCGCCCUGGGCUGCGGUGCUGCUGCUCCCGCCCCAGGUCGCGGGCGACGCCAGCUUCGACGGCACUUGCGUCCUGCCCAUACGCGAGGGCCAGUCGCUGGCGGACUCCGAGCUCUGGGCCCAGAUGCUGGACGGGCUGCUGACGUCGCACGGCCACAGGGGCGGCGUGCCAGAUCUCUCGGACACAGGGGUCGACGAGAAGCUCAGGCCAGCUUUCGACGGGCUGGAUCCUGUCGACGGGUCUGGGCCAGGCCUUGGCGGUACUGCCACGCCCAAGCUCCACAAGUCGUUGUUAAAGCUGGUUGAGAGAGACCUUGCCAUCGAGUGCGGGAGAGCUGCUGGUUUCAGCCUUCAGUCUGCGGUCGAAGGUGCAUCCAGGGUCCGUGUCGAGGUCGGCACAGAUCGCUUGGAGGCGCUGCGCAAAGGAGCAGGAGGCAGAAGGCUGGUGGAGCAGCAGUUGAUCAACAGGGGCAUGGCUUGCCGCGACCAGUGCGGCCAGAGGGCUGGCAAUUGCUCCACCGGAUUCUGCGGAGGCGGCGUCUGCUGCAAACGCUGGGCAUUCCAUCCAGACUGCCCAAUUGGGUUUCGUGGCGGCUGCACCGACAGGCAUUGCUGUGUGGCCCGCCCUGCCAUGCCAGGUGCCAUUACCGAGAGUCGGUGCCACGCCGAGCCUGGCAAGUUCUGCUUGUGGUCGUUGGUGCGCCGCUAUUCGUACAGCAUCAGCCCAGUCGAGACUUGCAUGCUGCAGCAGAGCAUCAUGAUGUGUCCCCCCGGCUUCUUCUGCCCUGGGGGCACAAAGGCGCCGCACGCAUGCCCGCGAGGCUCGGUGUGCAUGGGCGGCGCUCAGGGCAAUGUAAAUCUCAGGGGUAGUGGUGAGAUUUGGCCUCUUCCUCUCCCUAUCCUGCUCUUCCCUCCUUUCGUCCCCUUCUGCGGGGAGAAGAAGAAACGCACUAUCCUUUUGUCUUUGAUCUCCUCAGGCACGGUGGAGCCGAGAUCUUGUCCGGAGGGGAGCUUCUGCCCCAUCAGCAUCCUCCGGCAGAGCUGCGAGGCGAAUUUCUCUUGCCCAGAGAACUCGACCAAGGCAGAGAUGUGCCCCGCCGGCUCGUUCUGCCCCAGCGGCGCCGCGAUCACCUGCCCGAGGGGCCACUUUUGCGCCACGGGCGUCAGCCGGCCCCAGGGUUGCGCAGCUAUGGCCUCCUGCCCAGAGGGGUCAGAGCACCAAGACUGGUUGUUGGUGGCGGCUCUUUCCCUGGCCCUCGCUCUGCUGACGUGGACCGUGGCAGUGCGAUCCGUGCCGAGGUGGCACCAGAAGGGUGGGUGCGGGCUGCCGGCUGUGGCAGCUAUCGUGGUGUUGGGGCUCGCCUGGGGAGCGAGGUUCGACGCGAUGGCCCUGCUGGCUGCGCUGUGCUGGCGGCGCGGGGGUUGGGAGAAUCUGCGCAUGCAGGCGCUCCUCGAUGGGCGACCCCACGUCAUGCCUCUGGUGAUGCUCACCGGCGCUGCAUGUGUCUUGGUGUACGGGAGCUUCGUGUCUGCUCGGAUCCCGGACAGGCGGGCCCGACUGCGCGCAGAUUUGGCCGCGGGCACGGUCGGCGCGCUGGCGCUGAUGGUCGGGUUGCGCGACCUGUACGCCUGCGUGUUGCUCACGCUCAACGCGGGGGUCUGCGUGACCGUCUGGCUUAUCCUUGCGCAGCGCGGCACCUUGCGACUCCGGCUCGGGCUGCUACUCGGGGGCUUGGCGCUGCAGUUUCUCGCCUUCCUGAUCCUCGGCGCUGGCGACAUGGCUGUGGCGCAGGUGUACGGGCUUCUUGCCACGGUGAUCCAGGCCUCCUUGUGGGACGUGGUUCCGUGCUGCCUCGCUGCAGCGGUGAAACGCACACGCAGGCUGAGCUGGCUGCGGCGCGGCUCCAUGCCAGAGCGCACACCGAGCAACUCGCUGAUCGAUGCCAUGCUGGAGAUGGUGCCUCCCGAGGCGAGCGCGGCGGAGAAAGACAGCGCCGCUGCCGUGCGCGCCUCCGCGCGUGCGAGUUUCUCUGAGGGCGUCGCCGAGGGCGAGAGCGGUGCGGCAUGCGGCUCGCUCACAGGAGCUAUGGACAGGGAGGCGUGGGCGCCGUGGGUGACGUACUGGAGCAAGUGCCAUAGUGAUCUCGAGGGCAGCAGCAGCGAGGGUGCAGCCGCUGUGCCCAAGAGCGGUGUGUCGUUCGACCUCCGCGGCGUCGGCUACCGGCUGGCGUCGGGCCGUGCCCUGCUUCACGAGUUGAACCUCGUGGUGCCCCCUGGCGCCACCGUGGCGGUCAUGGGCGCCUCGGGCAGCGGCAAGACCACUCUGCUCUCUGUGCUGUCGGGCCGGUGUGGGGACCGCGCGUUCGAAGGCGAGAUGCGCCUCAAUGGCGCGCCUGUGCAGCCGUGGCAGAUGGCGGAGCUGAGGCCCCUGAUGGGCUACGUGCCGCAGGACGACGUGAUGCACCUCAAGUUGACGGUCCGCGAGUGUGUCCAGUGCCAGGCCGAGCUCCGCCUGCGGCGCGAGGCCGAGGCUGCCGAGGAGCCCGAGCUCACGGCGCCGCUGCUGCAGCAAGACUCGACCGUCGACGGGCGCAUAGAGGACGUGCUCGACGGCCUGGAGCUUACCCACGUCGCAGACCGCGUCAUCAGCGAUGGCCUGUCAGGCGGCCAGCGCAAACGGGUCUCCAUCGCCAUGGAGCUCGUCGCGAAGCCGAAGGUCCUCCACCUGGACGAGCCGUCGACGGGCCUGGACUCGGCGACCGCGCACCACAUCCUGCAGAUCGUGCUGCAGUGCGCCAAGGACGAGGAGUGCACGGCGUUCGCUACCAUCCACCAGCCCAGGUGGGGGACCCUCUGCUUGUUCGAGAUGCUUCUGCUGAUGGCCCCGGGGGGCUACCUGUGCUUCGCUGGGCCGGUCGCUGCCGCGAAGCCCUACUUCGAGAAGGUCCUCGGCCUGGAGUUCUCCGAGGACUCGAACCCCGCGGACGUGAUCAUCGAUGCCUGCACCUUCGACUCCGCGAGGUCCAUGGCCAUGGAGGGCACCUGGCGCCCCCCGCAGUGCCUGCGCGCCGUGCUCUUCCCGACCCCGCAGGCCGCCUCGCAGCAGGAGGAGCCGCUGCAGCAGGCCGAGGUGAGCUCGCCCUGGCAGCAGGAGGAGUUUGGGAAGGUGCUGACGUGGCUGUGGAGCGAGUUCACGGCGAUCCACAUGGAGAUCCUGCGCCGCGUGCCGCAGAGCGAGGGCGGGCUGGCCCACUGCGGCGGGGAGGAGGACGGCCUGCUGCUGCCCACGCUGGGGCCCCUCCCCGCCGGCGCGAGGAGGCUGGAGCUUCUCCCGGGCGGGCGCGUGCGAAAGGUCGAGGCCUCCCUGGAGGGCAGCCUGCAGCGCCAGACCCGGGAGAGGGUGCAGUCGUUCCACUGGGCACAGCAGGUGUCCGUGCAGUUCUCCCGCGCGCUGCUGGUCAUGAGCCGGUCCCUGUCCACCAUCUGCCAUGGCGCUGAACACGCUGCUCCUCGCGAUGGGCAUGGGGGCGGCUGGCGCCGUUUUCCCAGCGACCACGAUUGAGCUGGUGUUCCUGGGGCGCGGCCUGACGUUCUGGCUGCUCGCCCUGUCGCAGUCGGUCGUGUCGCAGAGGACCUUCGGCGGCGAGGAGAAGCAGGUGGCCUCGCGGGAGGCCGCGGUCGGCACGCUGGCCCAGGUGGCCCUCUCGUUCGUGGGCAAAGACCUGGCCAGCGUGGUCGAGAUGUUGCUGUCUGCGGCCACCUAUACGCUCGUGUACUGGCCGGUGUCGCACACGUUCGCGUCGUGUGCGGACGUGUUUAUGCUCGGCCUGUCCGUGACGUACGCCGUGUGGGGUUUGAACCACAUCUUCGCCAUCGCGUUCGAGACGCAACUGGCAAUGAUCACCGGGGUCGCGUCCGCCUUCGUGUCGUUCAUGUUUUGUGGUGUGCAGCCGAGGGCGCACGACGCAAUACCAGCCUUCUUCGGAUGCGGCAGGCUCUUCGUAUUGGCGUCUCCAAUCCGAUGGGGGAUGGCCCAGCUCUUGUUCCGUGAGGUCACCGCUCCAGGCAAUCAGUAUGCGCAGGGCGCAGUGAGAGAGAGGAAGGCGGGCUACUUCGACGGCAGGGGCUACAGACUGGAUGUGCUGCCCGACGGGCACGUCAACAUCGACCACCAGCCUGCGUCGGUGCUAGAGCGUUGGGAGCAACACCUCGGAUUCGUCGACCACGGCAUGCACGCUGUCCUGCUGGGCGUCGUCUUCCGGUGCGUGGCGGUCGUCGUCCUGCUGACGAAGAGCAGCGUGUGCGCAUCCGGCGGCGACUUGCCGCUCGGGGUCGGCGCUGGGUGCGGGUACCGGCUGCUGCGGAACACGGUGUGCGCGUUCUCCUCGGGGUUGCCCGCAAGCAAGUCGUCGGCGCCACUGCGACGGGUAACCCAAGGUUUUCGGUGCUUCGGCAGCGCGCAGGAAGGCAACAGUGGCAGGCAAGCGCCCUUACUCUGCGCGGGCUGGAGCAGGGCAGUGGUAGGAAGGCGCCACCUCCCUGCACCGAUCCAGGUCCCCGUCCACCCAGUGCCACUCAGUGUGGCGAUGAAUGUGGUACUCCCAGUUCUCCUGACAGUAUGCUGUGGGCAGGCUGCUCGGCCACGCGCAGAGUGGGUAAGGGUAAGGAGGAAGGCUUCUUAGAAGCACCCUUGCUUAGGCCCUUGCUUCUUAGAAGACGCGGGCCUUGGCUGCAGAUGUGGCAUCCUCGAGCCCCAGCGCCCUCUAAGAAGCAGCCUCCUUCCAAGAAGACUUCCCCCCCCUCCCCCCUACCCCCCCGUGCGCACGCCGCCACCGUGCUGCGGCGAGACCAGCGCCCGCGUCCAGGGUUGAGCGCCCCCGCG